GAGAAAGAGAGAGAGCGCAGCGCGCGCACAGAGAAAGAAAAUCCUGCACGAUAUCGUCAUGUGCAAAGAGACAGAUGAAAGACAUCGACCACCUUAGACUCGUGGAGAGAUCUGCGAAAGCACGAGAGCAGCUUUAUAAAGUAAAGCGCUUUUCCCCGGAGGCUCAGCUGUCACAGUAUGGAGAACAUCACGAGCCCCUUCAUCCCAAACCCGACAUGCAACUACAGCAUGGACUUAUACUAUCACAACUCUUUCAACCGGAGCGAUCUGAACUGCACACCGCCGGCUGACUACUUCUUUUACGCAGAUCUGUACGUGGUUCUCCCGGUCAUUUACUCCGUGAUAUGCGCCGUAGGUUUGACAGGCAACACGGCGGUCAUAUAUGUGAUCCUCAAAGCACCCAAAAUGAAAACCGUGACCAAUAUGUUCAUUUUAAACUUAGCUAUUGCCGACGACCUCUUCACCUUAGUGCUGCCCAUAAACAUAGCGGAGCAUCUGUUACACUACUGGCCGUUCGGCGAGGUGCUCUGCAAGAUCAUCUUAAGCAUCGACCACUAUAACAUCUUCUCGAGCAUCUACUUCCUGACGGUAAUGAGUGUGGACCGGUACCUGGUGGUGCUCUCGACCGUGCGCUCCAAGCGCAUGCCAUACCGCACAUACCGGGCAGCCAAGAUAGUGAGUCUGUGCGUGUGGCUGCUGGUGAUCCUCAUCGUCAUGCCGUUCUCUGUGUUCGCGGGAGUCUACAUCAGUCCCGAUGACACCGAGAGGAAAAGCUGCGUGCUCAGUUUCCCUAGUCCUGAAAGUUUAUGGUUCAAAGCCAGCCGGAUUUACACUCUCAUACUGGGCUUUGCCAUCCCUGUGUCCACAAUAUGCAUCCUUUACACCAUGAUGUUGUACAAACUUAGAAACAUGCGCCUGAACACCAACGCCAAAGCGCUGGAUAAAGCCAAGAAGAAGGUGACUAUCAUGGUGUUUAUCGUACUGGCCGUGUGUCUGUUCUGCUGGACGCCCUUUCACCUCAGCACCAUCGUAGCGCUGACCACAGACCUGCGGACCACACCGCUUCUCAUCGGCAUCUCGUACUUCAUCACCAGCCUGAGCUACGCCAACUCGUGUCUGAACCCGUUUCUCUACGCCUUCCUGGACGACAGCUUUAGGAAAGCCUUCAAGAAAAUGCUAGAAUGUAGGCCGGCUUGAAUGUAACGCAGGUCAAAGGGACGGAAUAUCCAGGGUUGUACAGUAUAUGCUCCGCUCCAAAUGUCUGGAUUUUAAUUAAAUUUAGUUGCGAACAGGAUGCAGUGUAUGCCUUUACAACUGAAAUUUAAGUAUUAAACAGUCUAACAUGCGUUUUCUUUUAACUUAAAAUACGGAAAAUGGUUGUCAAAACUGCCUGACAGUAUGAAAGUUAUGAUCAUAAUAUAUGGCAGUCUCACAACUUAUUUUUUAUAUUAUUUUAUUUUUAAUUAUUGACAAUACAAUUUAGCUUAAUGUAGUACAUGCAACAUAUUUUAUAAAAACAGUGCUGGCUAAAUGUAGAAAAAAAUUAUACAAAACAUUAGCCAACCCUGAUUAAAAAACAGUUAUGUUCAUAAUACUGGUAUAAUCUCAACAUGAUUUUUUUGCUGUUAUCAUAAAAUCAGUAAAAAUCCAGUUCAACAUUAUGCAGUUUGUGGCCAAUUAAAUUCAAAUUUAUGUUUUUUUUCUCCCCACAUUUUUUAAAAUGCUAAAUUUGGCUUUGCCAUGAUUAAACUAAAUUUAUGAUCAAUCCUGACAGAAUAUUAUUAAAAUCACUGGCAUUAUAAUUCAGUAUCAGAUGGUUUGUGUUCAGAUGAACACUUCUAAACUUUGCACAAUCCCGAUAUUAAUAAAUCACUGCAACUUCAGAUUCCCUGUGUGUUUCCCCAGAAGUAAAAUAAUUUUCCUGGCAUUAAAUUCUAAUGUUAGAGUUUGUCUCCCUCAUGUGCUUCUGGAGCGCAUCUCUGUGAUGAAAUGAAGCUGAAAUGUUUGUCUGACAGCAGUGCCCUAUUUGGAUUAGGAAUGACAAAAGUGUGAUAUCAUGGCUGACGUAGCUUGACAUCAAGUGUUUCUCAAAUAGCAGGGACUCCUGUGUAUAUAUUUGUAUAGACCUGCUUUUGUCUUACGAAAUGUCAUCACCCCAGCAUCAUUUUAGCAGGUUUAAGAGAGUUGGUUAAAAUGCAUUGCAUUGCCUUUCCUUUGAAUAAAUAAAUGUACUGUAAAUGUGAAACAUUUUUUGUUUGUGUAUAUCAAGAGGCUUUGGUGAAGCAAACUGUGUU